CGUCCGCUUCUUCCGCUCUCCACCCAUUUCCUCCCGCAGGGGUUUUCGCCCUGCGCCUCAGCGCCCUCCGGUAGCGGAAAAUCCCGCAGUGGGCCUCUCUGGCCGCCUGGAGGACUUGUCAUCUGUGUCUGGAGGCGCCCGGCGGCGGCGGCGGCGGCGGUGGGCGGGUCUGAAGUGCGGCGCGACGAGCCACUCUUGUGCGCCUGCUCUGACUACUUUAAGUUUGUGGGUGUCUUCACCAUGGUGCUGCCAGAGGCGUGGAGCUUCAUGUGCAGGUUUAACUCAUUCAAAAGGACGAAUAUCAUACUGCAACAUUUGAGAAGGUCUAUGCACAUGGAUGCAGCAGGAGAAGUACUACUGGAAAGAAGAGGUUGUGCAGGAGUGAUAACACUAAACAGACCAAAGUUCCUAAAUGCAUUAAACCUUAAUAUGAUUCGGCACAUUUAUCCACAACUAAAGAAUUGGGAACAAGAUCCUGAAACUUUCCUGAUCAUUAUAAAAGGAGCUGGUGGAAAGGCUUUCUGUUCUGGGGGUGAUAUCAGAGUGAUCUCAGAAGCUGGAAGGGCAAACCAGAAGAUAGCUCAAGAUUUCUUUAGAGAAGAAUAUAGGCUGAACAAUGCCAUUGGUUCUUGCCAGAAACCAUAUGUUGCACUUAUUCAUGGAAUUACAAUGGGUGGGGGAGUUGGUGUCUCAGUUCAUGGGCAAUUCCGAGUGGCUACUGAGAAGUCUCUCUUUGCAAUGCCAGAAACAGCAAUCGGACUCUUCCCUGAUGUGGGUGGAGGUUAUUUCUUGCCACGACUUCAAGGAAAACUUGGUUACUUCCUUGCAUUAACAGGAUUCAGACUGAAAGGAAGAGAUGUGUAUGCAGCAGGAAUUGCGACACAUUUUGUGGAUUCUGAAAAGUUGGGCAUGUUAGAAGAAGAUUUGAUAGCCCUAAAAUCACCUUCAAAAGAAAAUAUUGCGGAUGUCUUAGAAGCUUACCAUACAAAGUCCAAGAUUGAUCAAGACAAGUCUUUUAUACUUGAGGAACACAUGGACAAAAUAAACAGUUGCUUCUCAGCCAAUACUGUGGAACAGAUUAUUGAAAAUUUACAGCAAGAUGGUUCAUCUUUUGCCUUAGAACAGUUGAAGGUAAUUAAUAAAAUGUCUCCAACAUCCCUAAAGAUCACACUAAGGCAACUCAUGGAGGGGUCUUCAAAGACCUUGCAAGAAGUAUUAAUUAUGGAAUAUCGGCUGAGUCAAGCUUGUAUGGGAGGCCAUGACUUUCAUGAAGGUGUUAGGGCAGUUUUAAUAGAUAAAGACCAGAGCCCAAAAUGGAAACCGGCUAAUCUAAAAGAAGUUACUGAAGAAGAUUUGAAUAGUUACUUUAAAUCUCUGGCAAGUAACGAUUUGAAAUUAUAAGGUGACUGGAUUUUUAAGGGAUUAUUUUGGAGCAGAUGUUGGCAAACUAUGGCACAUCGGCCAGAUCUGGCCUGCUGCCUGUUAUUUAUUUUUCCACCAGCUAAGAAUGGUUUCUGCAUU